AUGGCUGGCCUCUCCUCCACCCUCCUCGUGGCACUCCUCGCUGCUGUCCACUUCUUGGUCCGCUUGCUACACUCCUUCCUGUGGGUCCCAUGCCCCAUGUUCUCUGGCAGCGUAGCCAACUACCGGGUCGUACUUGCCGCCACCCGAUCCACACCCCUCGCCUCCUUCCACCAGUACAGGGAGUGGUCGGCACUGUACGAUCGGUCGUUCAUGUAUUGGUUCGGGCCCCACCCGCGGCUGAUGGUCUCCGACCCAGAGCUCAUGAAGGUCACACUGACCGACUCCACGGGGGCCUUUGAUAAGGCUGGUACUGGAGGCAACAACCCACUCGCCUGGCAGCUCAUCGGCGAUGAAGUUUUUGAAGGCACCGAUGCAGAGGUGUGCAAUCCAUCAAGGUUUGCAUAUGGCAAUAGCUAUCACCUUGGUGGGUACUUCCCCAUUGGGAUCGGCCCUACAAUCUGUGUUGGCCAGAAUCUUGCAAUGGUUGAGGCCAAGGUGGCACUUGCAAUGACCCUUCAGCGAUUUGCAUUUGUCGUCUUUCCAUCUUAUGUUCAUUCUCCAAUGAUAAUGUUCACCCUUCAAACCCAGUAUGGUGUUGUUGAUGGCAAGAUUUGGCAUCUAUAA